AUGGCGUGCAUUGAUGGAACAACGCUGGAGGGCGGCGGCCAGCUUCUCCGCAUCUCGGUGGGCCUGGCUGCUCUGACGGCCGAGCCCAUCCGCAUCACCCGCAUCCGAGCAAAUCGCAGAGGCAAGAGCGGGCUGAAGGCACAGCAUCUCUCUGCCGUCCAAUGGCUAGCCCUCGCCAGCAGAGCCAUCUCCGCGGGUGCUGAGCAGCAGAGCCAGACCCUCGACUUCUUUCCACGUGCCGACGUCCGCGGCGAAAUCAAGUCUCCUCAGAAAGCCAACAUCAUCGACAUCGGCAGCGCUGGAAGCAUUGGCCUCGUCUUCCAAGCCGUGCUCCCUUUCAUCCUGUUCUCCGGCCGCCCGUCAAACAAGCCAUUCGCAAUAACCAUCCAUGGCGGAACCAACGUGUCUCUUUCACCCUCAUACGACUACAUCCAUCAGGUCCUCCUACCCACCUUGUCCCUCAUCGGCCUGCCGCCCAUCACAGCAAACCUCCACCAAAGAGGCUGGAUGCGCGGCCCCAAAGGCUCCAUCACCUUCACCGUAACCUCCAUGCCCCGUUCCCAGACCCUGCCGCCCUUCCGCCUCGAGAACCGAGGGCCCAUCGGAUCCAUAACCGCCACCAUCCUUGCCCCAUCAUACUGCCAGGGCCAAGCCGAGCGCAAACUGCACAGCGUGCUCGCCGCCAGCUUCCCCCACCUCGACCCCCAGGCGGGCGCCUUCGCCGUGACCUUUGAGAAGAGCUCACACAAGGACCUCUACCUUCUCCUCGUCGCGACGUCGUCGACCGGCCACAGGCUCGGCCGCGACUGGCUGUACAACGAGAAAAUCACCGCCGUGCCCGCCGCUGUGGACAGGCUGAUUGAGCGCGUCGCUCGAGAGUUGGUCGAAGAGGUGAGGCAUGGCGGUUGCGUUGAUGCGUACCUGCGCGACCAGCUCGUCGUCUUUCAGGGGCUGGCGGACGCGGAGAGCUUCGUGGAUGGCGGCCGGGAUGAGCAUCGAGGGGGAAAUGUCGCGCCGAGUUUGCAUGCGCGCACGGCGGAGUGGGUGGUUGAGAAGAUUUUGGGUGCGCGGUUCGAUGGGGCCGGAGGGUGCCGAGGUGUGGGUUUCAAGGCGGGCGAGAGGUAUUCGGAGAGGGCAAGGGCGGGUGGGGAGAGGUGUGUUCGCAGGGCGGCGAGUCUGGGGUCCUUGAAAGAUCGAAAAACACUGUUCGGCUUUGGAGACGAGGUUGUGGCUGGAAGGGCACUUCGUAGAUCGAUGACCUUCGAUGGUGAGAGCAGCCGGAGCUGGGGGAGUCGAUUUGAUACUGUCGAGUCGCCAUCUUUCAACCUGCCACUGCGGAGCAGAAGGCUUCCUUCAGCAUCGUAA